UCCGUACCGAUAAGGACUAACUAGCUAGCAAAACCCGUUAAGUUACUUACAGUUAGGGCACUCCUGGCGCACUAAUUUGAAAUCUGGAGCAGCUGAGACAUGGCAUUCCGAAAAGCAGCCAAGGGCACAGCGCUCGUUGGAAGUGGGGCCUUGGCAGCGCUCUAUGGCCUGUCGCAGUUUUCCGAAUACAGGAGAAAUCAGGCCCGACUGGCACACGUGGAGGCAGCAGAACAGGUGCAAAUGACCCAUCAGGAUGAGCUGCCAUCCCGACAGGCCCAGCUGGCUACUUUGAAGAGCACAGAGGAGUUUGACAUCUUGGUCAUUGGUGGAGGAGCCACAGGGUCAGGCUGUGCCUUAGAUGCGGUCACACGAAAUCUGAAAACAGCCCUCGUGGAGCGGAAUGAUUUCUCAUCAGGGACCAGCAGUCGGAGCACCAAGCUCAUUCACGGCGGAGUCCGAUAUCUACAGAAAGCCAUCAUGAAAUUUGAUUACGAACAGUAUAUGAUGGUAAAAGAAGCACUUCACGAGCGCUCCAACCUGCUGGACAUUGCUCCUCAUUUGUCUGCCCCGCUGCCCAUCAUGCUGCCCGUCUACAAGUGGUGGCAGCUUCCGUACUACUGGCUUGGGAUAAAGAUGUAUGACCUCGUGGCCGGAUCGCAGUGUUUGAAGAGCAGCUACGUCCUCAGCAAGACAAAGGCGCUGGAGCUCUUCCCCAUGCUUAAGAAGGACAAGCUGGUGGGAGCCAUCGUCUACUACGAUGGACAACACAACGAUGCUCGAAUGAACCUCGCCAUCGCCCUCACUGCUGCCAGGUACGGGGCUGCCAUUGCCAAUUACACUGAAGUGGUGCACCUACUGAAAAAGACAGACCCCCAGACCGGCAGGAAGAGGGUCUGUGGCGCCCGUUGCAGGGACCAGAUCACAGGGCAGGAAUUUGAUGUCAGAGCCAAAUGUGUUAUCAAUGCCACGGGACCUUUCACCGACUCGGUGAGGAAAAUGGAUGAUCAGAGAAACCCCAACAUAUGUCAGCCCAGUGCGGGGGUGCAUAUCGUCAUCCCUGGCUAUUACAGCCCAGACAACAUGGGACUCCUAGACCCUGCCACGAGCGACGGGCGGGUCAUCUUUUUCCUGCCCUGGGAGAAGAUGACCAUUGCCGGGACGACAGACACACCCACAGACGUCACGGCCCAUCCCAUCCCUAUGGAGGAGGACAUCAACUUUAUUCUCACCGAGGUCCGCAACUACCUGAGCCCCGAUGUGGAAGUGAGAAGAGGAGAUGUUUUGGCUGCCUGGAGCGGAAUCCGUCCAUUGGUUACAGACCCCAGUUCUAAGGACACCCAGUCCAUAUGCCGGAACCACAUUGUGAACAUCAGUGAGAGUGGAUUGGUCACAAUUGCUGGUGGGAAGUGGACUACCUACCGCUCCAUGGCUGAGGAGACGCUGGAUGCUGCAGUCAAGGAACACAAGCUAUCUGGAGGUCCGAGUCAAACAGUAGGCUUGAUGCUGGAAGGCGCCAAGGACUGGAGCCCCACCAUGUACAUUCGCCUGGUGCAGGACUACGGACUAGAAAUUGAGGUGGCUCAGCAUCUGGCUUCCACCUACGGAGGGAGAGCAUUCGAAGUGGCCAAAAUGGCCCAGGUUACCGGAAAACGAUGGCCAAUAGUGGGGAAACGCCUCGUGUCUGAAUUCCCUUACAUUGAGAGUGAGGUUUUGUACGCCGUCAAGGAGUACGCCUGCACUACCAUUGAUGUGAUCGCUCGGCGCACACGGCUGGGCUUCCUGAACGUACAGGCAGCCGACGAGGCCCUGCCCCGCAUUGUGGAGAUCAUGGGGAAGCAGCUGAGGUGGAGCGAGCAGAAGAAGAGGGAGGAGUUGGCUGCUGCCAAACAGUUUCUGUAUCAUGAGAUGGGCUAUAAGGCCAGGUCCGAGCAGCUGACCAACAUGUCGGAGAUUGCCCUCACGCCUUCAGAGGUUGACAGGUACAAGAAGCGGUUCCACAAAUUUGACAAAGAAAAUAAAGGCUUCAUCACCACUGUUGAUGUUCAGCAAGUUUUAGAGAGCAUCAGCAUCCAGAUUGACGAAAACACGCUGCAUGAAAUUCUAAAUGAAGUUGACCUAAACAAAAACGGACAAGUUGAGCUCAACGAAUUCUUACAGCUAAUGAGUGCCGUGCAGAAGGGCCAGGUGUCUGACAGCCGGCUGGCCAUCCUCAUGAAGACGGUGGAGGAGAGCCUUGAGCAGAGGGAGCCCGUCUCUGUGGACAGGAGUGGCGGUGGGGUGUGAAUUCUGUGUCACCUAUUGCCAAAGUACCGACAACUACUCCUCCAGAUACACAUAUUCCUACUCUGUGUUAGAGCACUUGUCAGCCCAUCCCAGUGUACUGUACUCCUACCCUUCUGUGCCAGGAACACUGUGUACUGUAAUGCAGACUGCUGUUUUAUUUUAAUAUGAUAUAAGCACUGUUUUAGUCAUUUAUGUAUCCAGUUUUUUAUUAUUAUUUAAAAGUAUUUAAUGAAAUGCCAGUUGGUUAUUUUUCCAUGAAGGUGGUUCACACUUUGAAACCCAUAUCCAGUCUGUUUGUCACAAUUUAACAUUACAAGAACAUGCAAGCUUUACAUUAACUGCAUGUAACCGUAUGAUGAUAUUAUGUCUCUGAGUUUGUGCGCUGUGUUGUGCCUCUUCAUAUGCAGUGAGGUAAAGGUUUAAACUGAAGGUACACAUUUUAUAAGUACUGAUUAUAUAUGGAUAAAUGCAUUUUAUCAGUACUAUUUGAAACUGCACUGUACUGAAGUUCCAUUCAAAAAUGGAAAUGUAACAUGGACAGUAGACAAAUAUAUAAUGAUUGUCUUUAUAGAUUUUUAUUGUUUCAUUACAUUUUUGUUGCUGUGUGCUUGCCUGUGUAAUGCGCUUUUCAGCAAAAAAUGGUUUACAUGGUACAUUACUGCAUUUGGGCAACGACAGAGGAAAACUGAUUGUAUUCUUAACUUUCUGCUAUUUACAUCUUUAUAUUUUUUCAUUGUUAUGCAGUGAUUUCCAGAUGCAAGAUAUUUAUCAAGCUAAUGUACUCGAAUGUCAAGCAAGAUACAAGUCCGUAAUACGCAUGCUUAAAUAUUCUGCAAUCUCAUAUAGAAAGUGUAUGUGAUUGGUUCUUGGAAGUGUUAUUGUGUAACCUGAUUUUAUUAUGCUGAAUGGGAUUAACUAUUGUAUUUGAGGCUGGCUUUUAAUUUCUGGAUCUGUCUGUGUGCUUGGUAUUUUUAUUACAUUAAUUUAUUGCCUCUGGUUUGCCUGGUGGGCUGCUUGCAUUUAUGGAGUAAUAAGGGAAUGUAUUUAAUGUGCCUUGCUUUCAGAUCUAGUAUGAAUUGAAAGCAUGAAUCAAUAGAACUGAUUAAACCAUAGUGUCUCUGGCUUUUAAGCCUGCUUAAUUUCACAGUACCUAUAAAUAAUACAAUUAUUGUCUCAUACAGACUCUUAAAGUUAACAUUACAAAUGUUUGUUCCUGGAAUGAUUAUGAAUAAAAAAAAUUAAACACUUUUUGUGUGUUCUAAAGGCCUUUAAGUCUAAUUCCUUUGUCUUGUAUCUGUAUGUAAUUUAUCUUCAUUUAAAUGCAAUUAGAAAAAGUCUUUGGUAGUUGGUCCUCAUACAAUGCAUAUUGAAUUUAAAGGUUGAUUAGCAGGGUGGCAGACAGGGUAUUGCAGUUGAACUUAACUCUUGCGCAGAAUCAAUCCGCUUGGUCAGUCACUUUACAUCACUCGUGGUAGAAUGCUAUGUCUUUAAAUGUUGUAAAUACUUUGAAAAAUGUUUUGAAAAUCUAGACGAAUCAUAAAGACAUUGACUGGCAGCAUGAUGGUUACACUGCAGUACUUUUUUUUGUGGUGUCGUCCUACUUUUGUUCAGUAUCACUGUACUGAUGUUUUUCCUUCAUCUGAGUCCUUGCAAUUUCUACUUUUAAACAACACGUGAAUUGUGCUUUAGUGCACUUGUAAUAUUUUAUUCUACAAAUAAAG